AUGCCACCACCGCCAAUAAUCCCUUCCAAUCGCAGGAGGAAAUCAGGUCCACAACCUAUCGCUCCUGCACCCGCGACUCAUUCUGCACUUCUAUCGAGACAUCUGAUACAACAGCAAUCAUCACCUUCAGCUAGUAUAUCGAGCUUAUCAGUCGACCAAGAUCAAGAAGACGACGAAUACGUGCCGAAGACUGUUCCUUCUACCAGCAGGAAAUCUGCCUCUGGAGUGAUUGGAGGGAAACGUAAACAACCUUCAACCUCCAAUGGCCAAUCUCAAAAUGGGAAACCCACUAAGCAAUCACGAGAGGCCUUAAGAAAAGCUAAUCACUCGUUGAUCGAGCGGAGACGGAGGGAGAAGAUCAAUGCUGCGCUGGGCGAAUUGAGGAGGAUGGUACCGGGCUUAGGGGAAGAUGGAGGCAAAGCUGGAGAAUUCAAGUUGGAGGUCCUGGAGCGGACGGUAGCGCAUAUGAAAGAUCUGAAACAGCAUAUUGUUCAUCUAGAAUCGAUGAUAACUCAGCAUGGCUUCGACAUCCCUUCAAUGAAUAAUACUUCCAAGCCGGACGACGGAGAUGAAGAUGAUCAAGAUAGACCUCGAGAUGACGGGGAAGAGUUUGGCGUGAAAGACACAUUCAUCGGAUCGUCAAGGAUAGAGUAUAUCAGAGACAAUCAAAACGACAGACAGUCAACGUCACAUCAGCACCAUCACCAAUAUGAACAGCAUACUCAACAUCGAUCUCAUACAAAUUCAAACGCAAAUUCUCAUUCUCAGACAAUGCAAUUUCCCAAUACCCGUCCCCACUCACAACCAUAUUUACGAUCACAGGUAAAUCCGCCCUACCCCUCACCUCGACCGGAUAACGAGAAGCUCAAUGACGAAGAUCCCAACGAGACUGAACCUGAAGCCAACCUCCCUCCUCCUCUGACCAAGGCUAGCCGACAAGCUCCACCCAUCCCUCGGCACGCUUCACCAUCUGUCACAUCUCUACUAUCUCAAACAGCUAAGCAUUCACCUACCUCCCCGCCGCCCGUCUCGAGACCUCCUCCCCCACCUCAAAGUAACAAUCCGAUUUUCCUACCUUUCCCUGCCCCUUCUCCCACCUCACCAUUCCUAAACAGUCACCCUUCUACCUCUACUUCUGCCUCUACGUCCACUUCAAGCUCGGGUUUACAUGGCAGUGGCUCUGGCUCCUAUCUAUCUGAUCCUUCGCCCUUCCUAGCUCCAAUCAGCGGCAUGUCAUUAUUCGGCGGUGCACUUAACCUAGAUCUCCCUUCACCGGCUGACAGUCUAUCGCACCGAGCUAUGAGAUACUCUCCACCUACGUUGACUCUUCCUCCCACGAAUACCAGAGAGAAGCUCAAAGAUAUGCCUCCUGAGGAAGCCGCUAAUCUGCUAUUGGCAUUCUCGUCGCCUGAUACGCUAAGACCCCAGGUUCAUGGUAUUCCCGUCGGAGAAGAGAAAAGAGAAAGAAGAAUGACUUUGGAUAAUGAUGAUUUCAAGUUGGAUUCUUCGAAUUCACCUCCUCAAGCUACCACCAGGAUUCCCAACCCUCAACCAGCAACAGGUGUUCACAAAGUGAAGAGUGACUAUCAGGAUACGGAUGACUAUACCCAGAGCGGGUUGAAGGGGAAAAGCGCGAUGGAUAUACUGAAAAUGACCAUGUCAGAGUCGGAGAGUCGGACGUGA